ACACCCCUCUUUUUUCUGAGUUGGAUGGCUCUGCUCAGACAGAGAGAGAGAGAGGUUGCAAAGGAGAAUUAGAGACAGAAAGCAAGGAAUGGAAUGGAAAGGAAGCUUCUUCUAACCAGAAAUAGAGACUGCUGAGGUUUUGUAUGAAAUCUGUGGGACAACACUAGCUCUUUAUUUCUCUGAAGCAAGACAGAGAUGCCAUUUAGUUGCUUCUUCUUAUUCUUAGCUAUUGAAGUGAAUGCUCUUCAUGCUGCUUCAGGAACUCAAGAUUUUGGAUUUGGAAUUGCAUGUCCUCUUGGCUAUUUCCCUUGUGGGAAUAUCACGAAAUGUUUGCCUCAGCCCCUUCACUGCAAUGGGAUAGAUGACUGUGGGAAUCACGCAGAUGAAGAGAACUGUGGUGAUAACAGUGGAUGGUCUCAGCAGCUGGAUGCAAUUUAUGAUAAAAAGGCUUUUCAAAAUUCUUUGGACUUGGAAACAGAUGAAUGCUUGGUUGGUUCUGUGCCAAUAGAAUGUUUGUGCCGUGGUUUAGAGCUUGACUGCGAUGGUGCUGGUUUGCUCGUCAUUCCUUCGGUCUCUUCUAAUGUAACUUUGAUGUCCCUAAAAGGGAAUCAGCUGAGAAAGCUUAUCGCCAAUGUUUUCAAAAAAUAUCAGGAUCUUCAAUACCUGUACCUUCAAAAUAAUAAUAUAAGUUUUGUGUCAGGACAUGCUUUCAGAGGACUCUACAAUCUGACAAAGCUAUAUCUGAGUCACAACAAGAUAACCUUUUUGAAACCCCACGUCUUUGAAGAUCUACAUAAACUUGAAUGGCUCAUAAUUGAAAACAAUACAAUAAAAUGUGUCUCACCACUAACCUUUUAUGGGCUGAACUCACUAAUUCUCCUAGUUCUGAUGAACAAUUCUCUUGUCCAGUUGCCUGAUAAACAUCUUUGUCAACAUAUGCCAAGGAUAAACUGGCUGGACUUUGAAGGCAACCAUAUCCACAAUUUCAGGAACGUCACCUUCAUCUCCUGUAGGAGUUUAACAGUCCUCGUUUUGAGAAGAAACAAAAUCAGCUCUGUAAAUGAAAAUAGCUUCUCUGCUCUUCAGAGAUUAGCUGAACUAGACUUGGCUAACAACAAGAUCAAAUCGCUUCCUCAACACCUAUUUAAGGAUCUGAAGGAACUCUCACAGCUAAAUCUUUCAUACAAUCCGAUCCAGAAAAUAGAAGCAAACCAGUUCGAUUAUCUUAUUAAACUCAAUUCACUAAGCCUAGAAGGCAUUGAGAUUACAAAUAUCCAAAGAAGAAUGUUCAGCCCACUUAAAGAGCUUUCCCAUAUAUAUUUCAAAAAAUUCCAGUAUUGUGGCUAUGCUCCCCAUGUACGCAGCUGCAAACCAAAUACUGACGGAAUCUCCUCCUUUGAGAACCUCUUGGCCAGCAUAAUACAGAGAGUAUUUGUCUGGGUUGUGUCUGCUGUCACUUGCUUCGGGAACAUCUUUGUCAUCUGCACGCGGCCUUACAUUCAGUCGGAGAACAAACUCCAUGCUCUGUCGAUAAUGUCACUCUGUUGUGCAGAUUGCCUCAUGGGAAUAUACUUGUUUAUGAUUGGAGCCUUUGACCUGAAAUACCGUGGGGAGUACAAUAAGCAUGCUCAGUUGUGGAUGGACAGUAUCCACUGUCAGCUGGUGGGAUCUCUGGCUGUUCUAUCUACAGAAGUAUCCGUUUUAUUGCUAACCUACCUGACUUUGGAAAAAUACAUCUGCAUAGUUUACCCAUUUAGAUUCUUGAGGCCAGGAAAAUAUAGGACAAUUUCCAUAUUAAUUCUCAUCUGGAUGAUAGGGUUUGUAGUUGCUUUUAUUCCACUCAGCAAUAAGGAUUUUUUCCAUAACUACUAUGGCACUAAUGGUGUCUGUUUCCCUCUCCACUCUGAGCAAUCUGAAAGUACUGGAGGUCAGAUUUAUUCUGUCAUAAUUUUCCUAGGUGUAAAUUUGGUAGCGUUUAUCAUCAUAGUAUUCUGCUAUGGAAGUAUGUUUUAUAGCGUCCAUCAGACAGCGAUUACUGCAAUGGAAAUCCAGAAUCAUGUGAAGAAAGAGAUGACCCUUGCCAAACGCUUUUUCUUCAUCGUAUUUACGGAUGCACUAUGCUGGAUACCCAUAUUUACACUAAAAUUACUUUCCUUACUUCAAGUAGAAAUUCCAGGUUCUAUAACUUCCUGGGUUGUGAUUUUCAUAUUACCAAUAAAUAGUGCCUUGAACCCUCUUCUCUAUACAUUAACCACUAGGCCUUUCAAGGAAAUGAUUAAUCAAGUUUGGCACAAUUACAAACAAAGAAGAUCCUUGGGAGGCAAAAACAGCCAGAAAAUGUAUGGUCCAUCAUUUAUCUGGGUAGAGAUGUGGCCUACGGAAGAUACCUCACCAGAGUUGACAAAUCCUGCCAAUUUUACAGAUUCCUCUGAGAGUUAAGUAAGUUGACAUUCAGCAAGCUUGAAAAAGACACAUGAAAAUGAUUCAGAACAAGUUAAGUGCAUUAAGACUUGCACACUCAGCACUGUUAUCUUGAAGAUCCUGCCACAUAAAGCUGCAAAGAAACAGACCCCUGGCUCCAGGCCAUGGAAUCAUUUUUUAGCAUGACAGGAGACAAACUACUGAGCUACCAUGACACGCAUCUAUUAACAACCUUUAGAAGAACUAGCCAUAUGGAGCAGAUGUUGGAAUUAAUGGGGAAAAUGCUUAUCCUGGUGAAUUUGCAUUGUGGAAUUGAUGAGGAAAUAGAAAGUGAAAGAAACUUGGUCAGAAUCUAAGGACUACUUUACAUCUUUUGACAGUUCUAAAACACUUUUUAAUUUGCAAGGUUUGUGGUAACAGUUCUUCUCAGUGACCAGUAUUAUAUCUAACCUGUAGGCAGUAUUAUCUAAAACACCAACACACAAAGCUGGUGUCACGAAUUAUUUAAUAUUUAUAAAUAGAACUGGGCUACUUUAGUUCUGCAAGUCUGAAAGCAGUCAAUUUCCUUGCAGUACAGUUUAAUAUGGGAGACAGCAUUUUCUAUUUCCAAGUUCACACAGUGAAGCAGCAAAUAAAUAUGGGAAUGGCAAUGAAAGAUUUCAUAGAUGUUUGCACUGGAUUUCUUAAAGGAUUAAAGAAUAGAAGUUGUAUAGUUGCACUUUAAUGUUUACAGAUUUUUGGAUUAUCUUAAACUUGGCUGAAAAGAAUGUUAUUUUAUAUCUAGUUUCUACUAAUAUGUACAUAUGUUGUUGUGUUUGCAAAUGAAGCACUGCCUGAGGAAACAUGAUCCAAUAAUAUUUAAAACGUGUUUAAACUAUAUAUUCAUACACAGCUAUUUAUGCUUAGCUUUACUGCUGUAUAUGUGGAGAUUUGGAGUUAAUUAAUGUAAAAUAGUUGUAUUUCUAAGUAACACUGUCUUAUUCAUUCUUUAAAAACAUAUCUAUUCAACCCUUCAUCAAAAAAUGAUGU